AUGCAGGAUAACGAAUCCUUAAGGGAGUUCGUGAAGCGGUUUGGUCAAGCCGUACUUCAAGUAGAGGCUUGCAGCAUGGAUGUUGUCCUACAGAUCUUCAAGAGAAGCAUCUGUCCAGGCACCCCAUUUUUCGAAUCGCUAGCUAAAAAACCUCCUACAACGAUGGACGACUUGUUCAGACGUGCAAACAAAUACUCAAUGCUCGAAGAUGACGUACGAGCAGCCACCCAGCAAGUACUAGUUGCUGGACAAGCAUCUAGAAGUGGCACGGAAAGAAAUGCCAAACUUCCGGACCGGCCAAGGCCGUCCAAUCGAAGACAGGAGGGACCAAGUCUCCCGGAAAGGCCACCCCUCACGCCUCUUUCCAUAUCAUAUGAAAAACUUCUUCCUAUGAUCCAAGGUUUGUCCGACUUCAGAUGGCCUAGACCCCUCGGAACUAACCCAUCCAAAAGAGAUCAUAGCAAGAGAUGUGUCUUCCACAAGGAACAUGGCCACACAACAGAGACAUGCAGGUGCCUCCAGGAUCUGGUCGAAAGGCUCAUUAAGGCGGGACAUUUAAAACAAUACCUCCGCUCAGAUACCAGAGGUAGAUACGCUUUCCAAAAUCAUAAUUCUGGAGCCCCUAGAGCCCCAGCCACCCCCAAAGCCGUUAUAAACUAUAUUAACGGAGGCCCAUCUGACGAGGAGUAUGACUCUAAACGAAAGAGACAAAAGUUGUUGCGGGCUGCAUCACCGCCCAUUCUGAGCAGCCCCAUUCCUAAAGAAAAAUUGUAUAUGUAUCUGGCUGUAUCGGAGUGGGCAAUCAGCGUUGUUCUGUUCUGCUGCCCCUCACCUAAGGAACAGAAGCCUAUCUACUACGUCAGCAGAACAUUGGCGGACGUAGAAACCAGAUAUUCAAAAAUGGAGCUAACAGUCGGAGCGCCGCCCAGAAGCUCCGCCCCUAUUUCCAAGCCCACCCGGUGGUCGUGCUAA